CAGCGCACUCUUACUUCGUAACAUAGCUCGUCAACCCACCGCGAUCAGCGCUGCAUCCGUCGCGACCAGCCAGCCGCCAUUCAUCCACGCAUUUGGAGGGAAGCGUGAGGACCGGCCUAAAAGCGCAGCGUCAUAAUUGGUAUCACCGACACUUUGCGCGCAUGGACAAUCAGUAGACCGCGUCUGGGAGCUCCGCAGCGCAUACCAUCUCACUUCAGUUGCUUUCACUCCACGGCGCGCAACCUCGACUCGACACCAGCUCGCUUGCCCGUGCAUUCGGCGCAUUCCAACCAGCUCCGUUGCUCCUGAAACCACCCAUCGACCUCGACCCUUCUCCCACGACCGCGCAUCCGUCGCAAUGUUCUUCCUCCACGAGCUCGAGCGUACCAUUACGCUGCACCCGUCUUUCCUGGGCCCCAAUGUCCACGAGUACAUCGAAGACCGCCUGAAGCGCGAUGUGGAGGGAAUUCAGAUCGAAAAUUACUACAUCAUCUGUGUCAUGGACUCCCAGGACAAGUCGGAGGGUCGGGUGCUGCCCGGCACUGGGUUUAUAGAGUAUAAUGUGCACUUCAAAGCAAUCGUCUGGCGCCCUUUCAAGGGAGAGAUUCUGGACGGCGUCGUGAGUUCCGUUGUCGACUCUGGCUUCUUCGUCGAGGUCGGACCUCUCAACGUCUUUGUUGCUUCCAGUAUGAUCCCCAGCUCCAUCAAAUACGAUGGCAACGCUACGCCGCCCCAGUGGACCGACAAUGCGGAUCAGGUCAUUGAGAAGGGCACGCACAUUCGGUUGAAGGUCAAGGGUAUCCGUACCGAAUUGGGCAACAUGUACGCGAUCGCAACGAUCAAGGAGGAUUACCUUGGUCCUCUUGGUGGUUGAUCAAUUUGGCCAAAUGGGUGGCAGAGCGUGGCCGAGACCAACACCCCGGUGUUCUAGACGCAGUCAUUACGAUUGCAGCGUGAAGAGUUGACGAGCCUCUUGCGCAAGCAGGACUGAAAUACAUAAAUGUGGCUUAGAGGGGCAGGAGGGGGUGGAAUCUUCCUGCUCUUGGAGCUUCAAAACGACGAGGGGGAAGACAGAGACCUGAUCGGUCAAUGACACGAUAAGACGGCUCGCGAGCUAUGUGCGACUAGAUAUGGAGACGGAUACGGCGAGUAAGUCGUAGGGGGGCGCAAUAAUAAUCUGACUUGAAAGCAACUUGAGUCUUUGUGCCUGAAAGUAGCAUGACGUUUUUUCGAGAGUUUACCUCAAUAAGAAGUCCUCAAUAGAGCAUUUGCGUG